AAGACGGCGACUGUUUCGAAAGUUUUUGCACAUUACGUUGUCCCGAAAUGUUUCACUAACUGCAGCCGUCAAGCAUGAUUGAGAUGAAUUAAUUUUCUGUAGAGUUAGAGGUUUGGGAAUCAGCUGUUCUUUGGCAAAUUUCCGGCUGGAUAGCAUCUGUUACAAGGUAGCCUUACAAGAGCUAGAAACGACGAAGAGUGUGAAACAAGGCAUAUAUAUCUUAAAUGGAAACUUUCACCYAAAGUCAAACAGACAAUGAUGCUGUAGGCGAUGCUAUAAUUACUACAGAUAAAGUGAUGGAUGAUAAAAAUAAAGUCCAAAUGAAGGAAGGAAAUUCAGAAGGGUUUAAAAAAGGAGAUGAAGUUACGCAAAUGAAAACUGAUGAAAACCCCUUACAAGGGAAUAACUCAAGCGAAUUACCAGAAUCAAUAAAUACACAAACAAAGCAGUCUGUUGARGACUUUCAAGAAGCGAUGCAGCCUGAGGAAAACGAGAACAGAGAAAAUCCCGAAUUUCAGAUGGAAGUAGAUGCUUCACAUAAAAAUGUAGACAAAACUUUUGAAGAAAAACUUUUAGAUGCACAAGAAAUUUGUACUGUUAAUAUACAAGAAGAAAAUGGAACCAAGAACACAAUGGAAGAUGCUGAUGAUAAAACAAAAACUGAUGAGGUGGUAAUUCCAAGCAUCCAUUACAACUUUGAUAAAACCCCACACCAGCUUACUGGUGCUUGGCAAGAGUUUGAAACAAAGCCUGAAAACUUCUUGAAAGGCUGUAAAUGGUCCCCCGAUGGUUCCUGUCUUUUAACAAGCAGCGAAGACAACCAUCUCAAGCUUUUCAACCUUCCCAAUGAACUAUACACUACACAAUCACAUGAAAAUAUCACAGAAAUGAGUUCAGUUCUGAAAAUGAAAGAAGGAGAGACAAUCUAUGACUUCUGUUGGUAUCCAUUCAUGUCAUCAAUGGAUCCUGACACUUGCUGUUUUCUCAGCACUAGCAGAGAUCAUCCAGUUCACCUCUGGGAUGCAUUCACUGGUGAACAAAGGGCUUCAUACCAACCAUAUAAUCACUUGGUGGGUGUAUACAGUGAACCAGAGGGUGAGAUGAUAUGCCUGUUUCAAGGCCAAGAGGGUGGAGUCACCCACAUAAUUUUUUCUCCAGAUGGAACCAAACUUUAUAGUGGUGGAAGAAAGGAUAAUGAAAUUCUAUGCUGGGACUUGAGGAAUCCAGGAAGUGUGCUUUACCGGCUUCUUCGACCAGUGGAUACAAACCAGAGAAUCUACUUUGAUCUGGACAGGAGUGGUCGAUAUUUAGUGUCUGGAACAAGUGAUGGUACUGUUUUGGUCUGGGACACGAUUUUAUCCCCAGAGGAUGACCCAGACUCCUCAGAACCAACCUUGAACACUCACCAGAUGUUUGUUGCCCAUGGUGACUGUGUCAAUGGUGUAAGUUUUCAUCCCAGUCUUCCAAUUCUUGCAACGUCAUCAGGUCAGCGCAAAUUCCCACUUUCCACCAACACAGAGAGCAGUGACGAAGAAGAAGAAGCCAAUAUUCAAGAUCGUGAUGGGAUUAUAGACAAUAGUAUUAGAUUAUGGAGUCUUGUAUAAUCAAUUUUCUAGGGUUUAGAAACUCCAUUACCUUCCAACCCUGGAGCCCUGUUAUUCAGAGUUACACUCUGCCAAAUACCGAACGCCAUGUUGGCACAUGCACCUAAUACAUCAAGCCAUUCAUGCUAUGCUAUAGCUCCUAGUAAUGUAAUUGACAAGCUCAAACAUGACAUCAUUUGCCUUUGAGAAGUUCAAAGGAAGAAUGGUAACAUCCUCAUGGUGCAAAGGAUUAUUGGACUCAAUUUCAAGACAAGACCAAAAAGCUCCAAAAUAUUGCUUUCC